AUGUCUCUCUCUGUCACUCUCUCACUCUGAGCCCUGCCUGACGGUGUCUGCCCUCUCUGAUCUGAGCUGCCCACACCGAAGAGAGGUGGAGCCUCCAUGUUCUUGUGCAUUGGAUCUGGGUGAGGCACCAGUUCCAGGGUGAGUCUCUUUGGCCGAGGUGUCUGCUGCCCUCCAUGGCCCAAUGAUCCAGCAACCCAACCCAACCCAAUCCUACCCAACCCCUGCUGGUCUGACAAGUCUCAGGUUGAAGCUACCUAGAGGCCUGGUUACCCUUUCUGACAAGUCUCAGGUUGAAGCUACCUAGAGGCCUGGUUACCCUUUCUGUGGUUUCUACUGACCACUAAGAAAAAAUAGGAUAACCUCAACCUUUUCCCUUUGGAUCCGAGACACGGUGGUUGAAGACACCAACCAUGGCUGAUAAACUAGGUCUGGCUGUGGGGGACGAUACUGCAACCAUCAUGGCGCUAUUGGAGCGUGUGGCGGGCAUCAUCGACAACGUGCAGACGUGCCAGACGCGUAUGGAAGAGAGGCAGCUCGAGCUGGAGAACAGUGUCAAGACCAUCCAGGAGGAUGUGGUGAAGCUGACGGUAAACCAUGCCGCCACGAGCAGCACAGUGGACAGGCUGCUGGAGAAGACGCGCAAGGUCAGCUGCCACAUCAAGGACGUCCGCGUACGGGUAGAGAAUCAGAACAUCCGCGUCAAGAAGGUGGAAACCACCCAGGAGGAACUGUUGGCCAAGAACAAGUUCCGGGUUGUCAUCUACCAGGGGGACAGUGAGGUGUCAGCUGUGGCAGCCGGAAAGGAACCCAAAGAACCCAAGGAUCCCAAGGAACCCAAACCGUCUGUGGCCGAAGUGGAGCCAGACCACUUUGAGCUCCCCCCUGAGUCUGAUGAUGAGUACAUGGUGGUGGAGGAAGCCUCGUCCACGGCCGCUAAGAUGAAGAAAUCAGGCCUAACCCGCAUGGAGAGCUUCAAGUCCACCUUCUCCCGCUUGAACAUGACAAAGACGAAAGAGAACAUGAGCAGCAAGGUUGGCCAGAUGGGUGAGCGCAUCGUAUCAACCGAGCGUCGGCAGAAGAUCCGCCAGUCUGGGGAGAGGCUCAAGCAGUCCGGCUCGCGGCUCAAGGAAUCCAUUGCCAGCCAUGUGCCAGCCAAACUGAAGAAGGAGAGGACUGUGGCGGAGGGCCAGGAGGGGGCUGUGGGGGUCACCGAGGACGCCACACCCGUCCCGCCACCCAAGGGCCACAAAUCCAACAGCCCUGCGCUCGCUGAGGAUGGCGUAGAGGAGGAGGUGCCGAUGCAUGAUAUUAAACAGCUCUCCUAAACCAGCGUUCAAACAAAUGGAAAACAACAACGUCUGUUUUUCUUUCAAUCUUUUUUUCGUUUCGAAGGAUUGUCCUGUGACCGAUAGUCCCAUAAACAGGCCAGUUAGGGUUUCAACACAAUGAGUUUAUAUAUUCCACACAACAUUUUGAAAUCGUCUUUAUUUUGGAAAUUCAAUGAUUUAUAUAGAUAUACUUCUAUCUUUUUUGUCAUUUUUUUCUUACAUUUGACACAAGAAUGCAAAACAAAUCAACUGACAAGAAUUACAGCAAAUUUGUGCGAUUGGACAUUUUCUACAGACUUCUAAAUCACCAUAUUAUAAUACAGAAGACAUUCAAUUGUCUUUCAUUUGCAUGUUGAAAGGCUGAAUAUGGGA